AUGACAGAAGUGAAAAGUAACCUCACAGGAAGAAAAUCCAUCGACAUAAAAAGGAUCAGACAGACCAGAAAUCAAGGAAUAUCACUGGAACUGGGAGGAGGAAGGGAAAUGGCGGAGGAAGUGAAGAAACUCCUCUCUGGUAGCACAUGUGUGUCGAGAGCAGUGGCAAAAGGGGGCGUCGUAAAGAGAAGAAUCUUGAUGCAAGAAAUCCCACCCAACACAACGGAGGAUGUGAUCCAAAAGGCCAUAGAGGAAGCAGCAGGUAAAGAGCGGGCAUGUGACAUAGUAAAAACCUGGACCGAGACACGGGGUGGAGAAAGAGGGAUGAUGAGUGCAGUGAUGGAUGUCGACGAAGACGCGGCCGAAAAGAUCCUAAGAAUGAGAAGAAUUAGGGUAGAGUAUACCUCCUGUCGGGUCAUAGAAGCAAGGACAGAAAUACCAAGAUGCUUGAGAUGCCUAGCCUUUGGACACAAGCAAUGGAACUGUAAAGGGCAGAACAGAAGAGGAUGUUGCUUCCGAUGCGGCAAAGAGGGCCACAUAGCGUCGGAAUGCAAGACAGAAACAAUCACAUGUCUCAACUGCGAUGUGACCGGGCAUGUGGCGAAUUCAAGAAGAUGUCCAAAGUUCAACCGACUGGUUGAAAGUAGGGACCACUAA